GGCAGUUUCUCGAAAUCCUCAGAGCAGUUCGGUCGUGUGACUAAAAAUAUAAUCAAGAGAAAAGGUGUUUCUCUCUCAUAUUUUCUACAUCGGAGACCCAAAUAUAUUGAUAUUUGGACAUUUAACUCCAGUGCUUUGGAUUUGCAAGACUUUUUUGUCUCCCCAUGCAACCCCAUUCACGAGAUUUUUUGUCCAUUUCCCUUCAAAUGGAAAGGAAAUAUGUUUAUAUGUAAUAGAGAGUUUCAUAAGUGUUCAAAAUUAACCGUGAGAAAAGGGAAUUGAUUGCAUCAAAGUAUUAAAGGGGAAAAUAAAUUUCGGUGUUGGGUCACUUGCUGUGUAAGAGUAAAUAAGAAGUGGGACAAAAAAAACACCGGGAAAAUUAAUUUUCUACAUAACCGAAGAGGGAUUCCUAUUCGGCAAGAGAGCCUAUUGCCGCACAAAUACAUUAGCAAAACCACACAGGACACGAAAGUAGUGUGGUAAAAUGUGGUGAUGUUGUAUUGGUGAAUGAGUUUUUGUUGAGUGAUAAACUAUAUCGAUUGGCAAUUAAAUGUAUGUAACGUAGACAUUGACUCUUCAAAACCAGUGGACUAACUUUUUCUAAUAUUGCGCCAUUAUCGACCAUCUAGUGUUCUAUUUGUCGUCAGAUCGAAACAACGUGCUGGAAUAGCAUCAAGUAGAAUCGUCACAGAGAAAUUCUCAAAAAUUUUCAUGUUAAUUGUGAGUACAGUACAUUAUUUAAUGUAUCUGUGACAUUUUAGUGGCGUGCAAUAUUUAUAAGAGUUAUCGCGAAAAAACUGUGCUAGUGUAUAUUUAUGUUUUCGAUUUAAGAUCAAUAAAUGAAAAAUUAACAAUAUAUGUAUAUCUAACUUUUAAUCAUCACUUUAAUUCUAUAGUGUACAUAAAGGACAUAAAGUGAAAAUUAAUAAGUGUUGUAUUAAACAAAAAAACUGUCCAAGAGACUUUGACUUUUGUGUUUCCAUGUGAAUGAAAAAGAGGAUUACACUGUUGUGCAAUCAUAUCCAGAGUAUUAAAAACAAAAAGAAGUGAAUCGACACUCGAGGAAUCCACUUCGCAAGCGAAUUUACGAAAAAAGUGUUGUGUCGACUAAAAAUUUAUGGAUAAAAUUUUAUGUAUGCUAAUGAUAUUAAAUGAACUGAAUUAAAAGUGGAUGAAUCGACACGAGCAGCAUGUGUUCGGAAAAUUUGGAAACUUCAGCAAAUCCCUAUUUGAAAUUAGGUGAUUCCAUUUCUAGUGGAGAAGGCAAAUUGGUACAGAGUGUUGCUAAUUAACACAAAAAAGUAGGGGGAUAGUAAUUAAAAAAAAAAACGGAGGAAAAUUAAACUUUAAAUUUGCACAGCAAACGUGUGAAAUACGUUGGCUAAAUUGAAAAAGAAACAUUUUGAUUAUUACAUCCCAGUCCCAUACUACCUCCAGGAGGUUACAAAUAGGAUGUAUCGUGUAAAUUUAGUCAACCAAGUACCACCUCAACCUUCAGGAGCAUCUCAGCAGCAGCUCGUUGGGGUGCUGAAUCAAAUGGAUGCGGGAGGGGGUGGAAGCAAUGGUGUUAUGUUGGGUUUGACGGGGAAUAGUGGUAGCACUUCAGCAACCAACAUAGGUAGUGAGGAUGCAAUAAUGACUGCUGUUAAAGUAGAGCCAAUACAACAUGAAACUGCCUCCACAAGUUCAACAACCAACGGUCACGUGGUCUACACAACGAAACGACCCCGUAUGGAAGGAGACGAUUGGUUAUCUUCACCUAGUCCGGGUAGUGUACCCAGUUCAGCACCACCCCUUAGUCCAUCCCCAGGUUCACAGAGUCAUAACUAUAACAAUAUUUCCAACGGGUAUCCCUCGCCAAUGUCGACGGGCAGCUACGAUCCCUACAGUCCAAAUGGCAAAAUAGGUCGUGAGGAUUUAUCACCGUCGAGCAGUCUCAAUGGAUACAGCGCUGAUGGCAGCGAAAGUAAGCCGAAGAUUAAGAAAGGUCCCGCCACGAGGCAGCAGGAGGAAUUGUGUCUUGUAUGCGGUGAUCGAGCUUCCGGCUACCAUUAUAAUGCCCUCACCUGCGAAGGAUGUAAAGGUUUCUUUCGACGAAGUGUGACCAAAAAUGCAGUGUACUGCUGCAAAUUUGGACACGAGUGCGAAAUGGAUAUGUACAUGAGGCGAAAAUGCCAGGAGUGUAGGCUAAAGAAAUGUCUAGCGGUUGGAAUGAGGCCUGAAUGUGUUGUACCAGAAACGCAAUGUGCGAUAAAGAGAAAGGAAAAGAAGGCUCAAAAGGAAAAGGAUAAGCAGCAGGUUCCGCAGCCCGUGAGUACGACAGACACGUACAAAACGGAAAUUCUGCCACAACUCAUGAAAUGUGAUCCACCUCCCCAUGCGACAUCUGCCGUAAGGAAUGUUUUUCUAAUCACUCAGCCAAUCUCCUCACAGGCUCUUUUACCCGAGAAACUCCUGGCUGAGAAUCGGGCACGAGGCAUUCCAUCAUUAACGACAAAUCAAAUGUCAGUUAUUUACAAAUUGAUUUGGUAUCAGGACGGCUAUGAACAACCAUCCGAAGAAGAUCUCAAAAGGAUAAUGCAUAGUUCACCUAAUGAUGAUGAAGAUCAACAUGACGUUCAUUUUCGACACAUUACAGAAAUUACAAUUCUCACAGUACAAUUGAUUGUGGAGUUUGCCAAAGGACUGCCCGCCUUUACAAAAAUCCCCCAGGAGGACCAAAUAACGCUACUCAAAGCGUGCUCGAGUGAAGUGAUGAUGUUGCGAAUGGCCCGGAGGUACGAUGCAGCAUCAGACUCAAUUCUUUUUGCCAACAACCGCUCGUACACGCGUGAUUCAUACAGAAUGGCCGGGAUGGCGGACACGAUUGAGGAUCUGCUGCAUUUCUGCAGGCAAAUGUAUUCCAUGACGGUGGACAAUGUGGAGUAUGCCCUCCUUACGGCAAUUGUGAUUUUCUCGGAUCGACCGGGGCUGGAACAGGCGGAACUUGUGGAGGCCAUCCAAAGUUACUACAUCGAUACACUGAGGAUUUACAUUAUGAACAGGCACGGUGGUGAUGCCAAGUGCUCCAUUCUCUUUGCCAAACUCCUGUCAAUUCUCACAGAAUUGCGAACACUGGGCAAUCAGAAUUCGGAAAUGUGCUUCUCAUUGAAGCUGAAAAAUAGAAAAUUGCCACGCUUCCUUGAAGAAAUUUGGGAUGUGCAAGAUGUUCCGCCGGGUUUGCAAUCUAACAUACCACCUGCAGUACAUGCGAAUGGACAAACAAGUGGUGGAACAAUUGAGCCGGCAUAGUAAUUGGGCUCCACUCUCUCAUAAAAUAUCGCAAAUCAGAAAAACCUUUUCGCUCCUUGUGAAUAAUACUUCCCUGGUGAACACACCUUUUCAAUUCCACGACUUUUUAACACAUGUGACGUAACAUUUUUUUUAUUGUACAAAAAACAUUCUUAAUUCUGAUCUUGUAAUAUUUUUAAUUCUAAUGAAUCCGCUAUGAAAAUGGUUGUAUGGGAGCGUACCAGGGAGGUUUUUUUUUGCAAAAUGUUGUAGUGUGGUAUAUGAAGAAGAAUUAUAAAACAUGUUGUACAGAAAAGUUAUUAUCAUGUUGAGUGGAGCCCAUUAACAGUCUUGUUUAUUUUCUCUUAAUUUCUCAAUUGAACUCAAUCCUUAAAGUAUUGAUAUGAUGUCACUAUUUUGGAAAAGCAUGUGGCACAAUACCUGCCACUCCAAAGGAGGGGCACAAAGAGCAUUUUAGAGAGAUAAAAAAGUAAUGAAAAAGAAAUUAGAAUGAGAAAAAGAUGAUUGAAAAGAAGGCUCCUUAUCGUUUGGCUGUGACUUGUUAUAUAAAAAAAAAGCUAUAUUGAUUCUUAAAAGGAUAUAAAAGAAAGUAAUUUUAGUGAAUGACCAGAUAAAACCUAUUAGGAUUCUAGCUAUAUUUACAUAUAAAAUUAAAACAUUUUAAAAAAUUAAAAUUUUAGUAACUUUAGGUAAAUCAAAGCAGAUUUGAUCUAUACUAAAAUGAUAAAGAGUUUGUGUUUAGAAUAAUCAUUUAAAUUUUUCGUCACUAUAAUUUUUGUAUACGUCUUUCUUUCGGUUAUUUUUUAUAUUAUUAAAGAGUGAAAAAAGAUUGAGUGAAACUGAAGAGUUAGAGGCAAACCACAAGCACAUUUUGAGCGAAUAAAUAAGAAUAUUGUAUUGAAGAAAAAUUGCAUCAAUUUUUAUCAACAUUAUUCCUUUGCGCGCCCAACUGUCUGAAGUGAGCUGCAGCUGAUCAAAAAAAAAAAGGAUUAUAAAUUACAGAGAUCACAGAAUAAAAAUAGAAAAAAUGAUUAUUGAGACAGAAUGAGUAUACCGAUUCAUGUCAUAAAGCCAGCAAAUACAAAAAAAAUCUACAAAGGAUACAAAUAAAUAAAAUGAGUACGAAGAAUUUGGAACGAGGUGCCUUUUGACGAAUAUAUUAAAACAAAGAAAAUGAUGUGAAAAGAAUGGAUAAAUGGAAGGAAAAUUCGCCGGAUGAGACCUAUCUUUUUAAGAAAAGAAAAUUUAAAAGAUAUUCUAUACUGCAGAAAAAAUUCUAACGACUGAAGGGAUUGGUGCAAGAAAAAAAAAUAUAAAUUCAAUAAAUUAUUUCAGACACUAUUUAAGCUUAUAAAUAUACCCAUCGUGGAAAAAUACUAAAAAUGUCUCUAUGAAAAUAUAUAAUGAAAAGUAGUAGAGUAGAGAAAGUGAAAAAAGGCUGAUUGUUUGAUAUUUUAUAGACAAAAAAUAUUUUAAAAAAAUAAUAAAAAUUGAUAUAUUCGACAAAGAAAUGGAAAUAUAAAUUUUAGAGACGAAAUAAAGAAGACAUAAGUGGAAAAUCAGCAAAUUAGUAAUAAUUGUUUGCAGAUUAUUUUAUACAUUUAUAAUUUCUUCAUCAAAGAGAUUCCAUAUUUUUUAAUCCUAUUUCUGACUAUAUAAGUGAAUAAAAUUUAAAAAAAAAACACUUACACAGAUUCUUUUAAUUUCAUAAAGUAAAGAGAAAUUUCGUCAUGAGGAAUACAAGAAAAGUUUAAAAACUUUUGGAACUGAAAAAAGAGAUAACCGUCCGUUUUAGGAGAAAUUUUCAUAUUAUUUUAUAUAUUUUAUUUUUUUAAUAAUUUAAUUUUUAACUUUUAUUUUUGUGGCAAUCUUGUUGGUUAUUUUAGAAAGGUGGGACAAAAGUAUAUUAAAAAAAACUGCUUUAAUAGUUUCUUUGAUGCACUUAUUUCAAAAAAUUAAGAAAUAUUACCUAUUUCUCAACUUUUCAACAAAUUAAAAGUUCAGGAUAUGUUCAAUUUAUUUCGUGUGAAUUUUUUUGAACAUCAAAUGUCCCUGUUUUUCAGGAAACUGAGAAGUAAAAUCUUGAAAAUGGUUUUCUCCUCUUAAUAAAAAUUCAGUCAUAACAAAACUAUUCAUAAAGUCACGGCUUUUAAUAAAAACAUUAAGAUUUUUUUUUACGUUUGAAACCACUAACAAUUUCAAAUAUUUUUCAUUAAAACCAAUUUUAUUCAGAUCAGAGAUUCAAACAAAAUUUUUGGAAUACUAAACUUUAUUUUUUAAUUGUUUCAUUGAAAAUUAUGAGUAGAAGUUUUAAACGCAAUCGUUUAACCACCUUCAAAAUUUUGUCCAGGACACUCAUGUUGUAUACUAGAAAAAAAUCAAUAGUGACAUACGUAAAAAAAUGUAUAAUCAACAUUAGAAGAAAAAGAGUGUUUAAAAAAUCAGAAAAAAUAGAGACACAAAUAUAUUCAUACAUUUAAUAUUUAAAAUUAUGGCAAAGGAAAAAAUCUAUGAAAAUCAAAUAUUCAUUGUUGAAGUUAUGCAAAUUCUCAAAGUAUAUUGUAGUGUAAAGAAAAGUAAGAUUUCUAGUGGAACACAAAAAAAUAUCAUAAGAGUUUGCAAACUUUAUUCACACUGUGGGAUAUUCCAAAAUAAUCAUUGGGAGAUACAAUAGGGAUAAAACUGAAGAAAAGAGAUAGUAUAAAAAUAGCAAGACGAGGGAGACAAAGACAAGAUUGAACAAAUAAAAACGGCUAAAAAUAUGUACAUAAUUUACUAAUGAAAUUCAAAUGAGGCAAAAAUCAUUGCAUAAAUAUAACUUUAAAUUUCAAGUAAAGAAGUAUAUUACAGAAAUAUAUGAAAAAUUAUGUAUAAUCCUAGGAAAUAUGUAAUUAACAUAUACCUAAUUUAAAAGUUUCACACAAACAAGAGAAAAUUUAUAAUCAUUCAUAAUAAACAAGCAAAUUCAAAUCAGUAAGUCACAAUUUUGUAAUAAAACAUACCAUUUUGAUAAGUAGUAUGUUGGAAAGACUUUAGAAGAGAUAUGCUCCACAAAGAAAUUUACAGAAACUUCUAAAUGUGUAAACCCUACUGCUUGCAAAAUUUCAAAUUCCUCCAAAAAAAUCUUUGAGUUUUUUUUCAGUUAAAUUUUGAUGGUUAUUUUUUUACAGGGUCGUCGUUUUCUUAUAGCAAAUUAUUCAAAACACAAAAGGUAGAUUCUAAAAAUGUUAAAAGUUAAUCUAAUAUGAAAAAGAAAUAGUCGAAACACCGCCAUGCCUUAUGGGGUACCUGUGUGUGAAGAUAAAUUAUUGUUGAAGACACAAAAUAGCAGAAAUAUGCUCAUGUUAGAAUCAACAUAAUUAAAUAAACCAGUACCUCACUUUCUUGACACAAAGCACAGUAAAAAAAAAUAAGCAAAUUUGGAAAUAAAAAAUCAGAACAAUCAUUAUACUACAUAAAAAGCCACACUUUGCAAUGAUUGUGGAAAGAAAUGAUUUUCUUUAGAGCAAGAGAUGUUUUGGACUGCAAUUGAAAAGUCUAUAUUUUUCUUAAACUUAUUUAUUUUAUACGAAUAUUUUAAUAUCAUUUAACUACUUUCGAUCAGGUUAAACAUCCUAAGUCCAAACUGACUACAAACUAGAUGCUUUUUUAUGUAAUAAGAUUUUUAUGGAAAAAUGUUUCAUCACAGAAUCUGAAAUGAUAUUGAUUUCACAAUGAAUUUAAAAUUUUUUUGAGGUCUGCAAAAAAAAAUGUUUACAAUAAGUGUAGGUAACAAUAUCAAUAAAAUUUCCGACAAAAGUUUCCUUUAGAAUAUCUUAAAAAUAAUUUCUGAGAUUUAGCUUUUCUGCGCAGAAUAUACAUUUCCGUUCUAUAGAAGAUUUGAUUUUCUUUUCACAACAAAAAAUAUUCAUACAAAUAAGACAAAUUAACAAUGUUCAUUUUACCCUAACAAGUCUUGUUAAAUAUUUUUCUCUUAAUUAUUGUUUUCUUCAGUUCCCAUGAAAUGAAAAAAAAAAUGUUGUUAGUGAAACAUUUCACUACACUGCCAUCUUAUUAAUCUCUUUUAAAAUAAAUGCGCCACCAUUCGCUAAGAUGCAAAAAGAACAAAAUCUAAUAAAUUUAUGAAAGAAUGGUAAGCAUUUGAUAAAAAAAAAGUCAUGAAAAAUUCAAGAUUAUGUAGAUGUGAAAACUUUUUCUGUAAAGUACAUACAAUGAAAAUGCAAAAAAAAUCUAUUAAAAGGAUCAUGAUUAUGAUGCAUUAAAAAUGUGUCUCAUGCAGGCAUUUUGGAAAUAAGAAAAAUUUCAUAUACAUGCUACAUUAAGAAAUACACAAAAAAAAACAUUAAAUGUCGUGUCAGUUUUUUAAAUAUUUCUAAAAAAAGAACAUCUAUAAUAUCAAGUAAAUCUCCCUCUUAUUCCCAAGCACAUGCAUAUUAGAGAAAAGGAACGAAAUGAAAAAAAAUAUUAUAUACAACUUAAAGAUCAUUUUAGCCAAUAUACUAUGCUUAUUGCUUUCAUGUGCAAAAUAUAUUUAAAAAUAAAAAUUAGGAAAUAUUAUUAUAAAAAAAGAGAAGAAUAAUAAAAAUCAAUAAAAGGAAAUCUCUCUAAACGAAAUCGCACAAAUUCGUCAAUACAUAGAAAGAAAAAAGUUGAUGAAAAUUCAACAGAAAGCUGUAAACUUUUUUUUUAACACAUAAGCAUAGACUUUAAAAUGAACAAGUUCAUUUAUUUUCUGAAAGAAAAUGAAAUAAUAAGAUAACACUGCCAUGGUAUUACUAACAUUAACGAAGUCUUUCUUCAAGUUGCACCGCAUGAAUGGUAGACAUUUUCAUACUAGAAAAGCAUUAUAUUACUUAAAAUAUUGCUAUAGAGACUUUUAUUGUUGUAAUUGCAUACUACAAAAAAAUCGAAAUUGAAAUGCAUGCAUUUUUUCAAACUCUAGAUAUAAAAAAAUGAACAUCGUGGAAUAAUAUUUUAGGCGUCUUAAAGUAUAUUACUGCCACAUUUUAGCUUUCAUAAUAAAUAGAAAUACUGAUAUAUGGGAAGAAAACAUGGACAAAAUUACUGAGAAUGAGAUAGAAAAACUGAUACGACUUUUGGAAAAGAUGAAUUUGAGAAACUUGAAAAAUUAUAGUAAAUAUGUGUUGACAUACCAUUUUUAAAAAUUGGAUAUAUACAAUAUUAAGAAAAAAAAUGAGAAACACGUAACAAGUCACUAGAGAAGGAAAUGAGUGAAAAUAUUGCCAUAAUAUUAGAUUUCAUGGCAGAAAAAUGAAAAAAAAGUCUCAAAUAUUUGAGACCUAUAAUAAGGUGAUUUUUUUCAUGAGCACCGUCGAAAAAUUUUUUUGUCAAAAAGGGGACAGUGAUUUUAUUUAUCACACUAUCACCGAUAUUAUUUUUUAUUAAGCAAAAAAAUUUUUACAUGAAAAUGCGAACAAAUGCGGAAAAUCGAAAAUUUAAAAUAAAAUUAGACGAUGAAAAAAAUUAAAAGACUUAGCCCAAUCGGGUCCAAAUUGGCUUUUCUUUCUCGGUCAAAAACUAAAAAAAAAAAAAUAAAUAAAUUCGUAAAGAUGUAAAGUUUUCUUUUCUUAUCAAAAAAACGGCGAGAAAUUAUUAAUAAAAAAUUAUUAUAAAUGACGUUAACGACUGAAAACGGUGCUCUUUUUUCACGUCAUGGAUUGACAAAAAAAUAUAUAAAAAGAAAAAAAAACGAGUUAAAAAAUUAUCACAUUUCCAGAAGUAAAAAUAUGUGUAUUCAAAAUUUUGGAGCAUUAUUUGACUAUAAUGGCUAAAUUAGAUGGUUGAAGUCAGCAUUUGUUUAAAUAUUCCAAUCAUCUAUUGGAGCAUAAUGUGAAAUAAAUUUAACUGAAAUCUGCAAUUUUCUCAAAAAAAAAAAAAUGAAUCAAUUUUUAAGCGAUUGGUAGAUGUAAAAUUUUAAACUGCCACAAUAGAUGUUGUAAAGUCAUUUGUAAUUGAAGAAUUAAAAAAAAUAUAUACAUAUAUUGCAGAAUUAUUAACGUGAAAUAUUAAUGAUCUUCAAAAAAAACUGCCAAUUUAUUUAAUGUUUUCAUUUGAAAACAUUGGAUCGUGUCUGAUCGAACUGCCAAUACAUUUUUGUGCAGGAUAUUUUUUGGAAUAAAACAAAAUUAUAAGAAAAUUGCAUUUUUCAGAAAAAAAAAUUUAAUAAAAAAAUUAGCAAGAAAUAUUACUUUUUCCAAAGUAAUUUUUGGCAUAUUUAAACAAUCAAGGUUUAUAUGUGGAAUUGAAAAUGAUCUGUAAAGUACGAACGAGCUCAUUUGUGUUUUACUUUUCUUAUUUUUUUUUUAUUUAAAAAAUCAACUUUUACCCUUAUAGUACAUUUUUAUAAUUAUUAAGAAUAUUAUUAUAUAAGGAAUAAAUAAACGAAAUGUCUUUUUUGUAAUAUUCUCAAAAUGUAGGUGAUAUAAAUCAACCUAAUUAAUCAGUUUCUAGGAACGUGAACAGAACAAUUUUCAAUUUCAUAAAAAAAACCAAAAGUUUAUAUAUUGCAAAAUUUCAAUGCAUUAGAAGAGCAUAGUAAAUGUGAAUUUAAACAAUAUUUUCUAUAUUAGUAUGGUAUGUUAAACAAAAUCUUUAGCCACAACAAUUGAAAGAUCAUAAAUGUCUCUAGAAAUAACGAUUGGAGACUUUUUGGCUUAAGAAGCCAUGUGUGAAAAACGAUUUAUUCAUUUUUUACAAUUAUAUCAAAUGAAUUAAAAAAAAAGAAAAUCAACAAUAUUAUUUAAAUGAAAACUAAUGCCGUUAAAAGGGAUAAUUUUUGCUCUUCUUAGUAUGAGAUAAACACAAUUAUAUGAAUUUUACAAGAAAAUAAGAGUACACUUAUUUGGAGAAUAAAUCCUAUUAAACAGUAGGUACAUACAUAUAGAAAGGAAAGCUAUGUAAAAGUAUCCGCAGUAGAAGAUUGGUUUUAUAAUGAAAAUGAUCUUUUUCUUCGUUAUUUCUUAUAGAAAAUACAACACGGAGGAAGUAAAAAUUAUUUUAAGAAUUUAAUACUUCAUUCUGAGAGUAUAAAUAUAAUUUUUUUUAAUGCGAAAAGCAAAAUGAUAAUAAUUUUAAAGAAUAUUUGCAACAUCUGUAAUCUAUAUAUAAGUUUUUUUUUCUAUAAUUGAAGCUAUUAAAAACAAACCUCGAUAAGUUGCAGUAUAAUUGAUAAAUAAUUUUCUAUUGAUUCUAGUUUACAUGAUAAUUUGUCAGUAGCCACUAAAACCUCUUAAUAUUAGGUGGAAAAAAGAGUCCUUGUAAAGAAUUAAUUGACUUUAGCUAUUUUUUUAUUCGCUUUUAAAAUAUCCCAAUUUUUAAACUAUUAUUCUAGUGCUGUUAAAAAGAGCAGCACACAAGAUGAUCAAAAAAAUUUUUUGUUUUAAUCUUGAGUUAAUUUCUCAACGGAGUGCAAAGAUAAUAUAAAAAGACAUUUGCAAACUGAUCCAUUUAAAAAUUCAAACAAAGAUUACAAUGAGAAAAACACUGAAAAUAAUAAAUUAAAAUAUAUGCAACCUUAAGUAACAAAAUAAAAUGAAAUAAAAAAAUCAGUUUUGAAAAUGUUGUACUAUGGCAGUUGCUGAGAUGAGAGUUGAAGAUUAAGAAAAAAGAGAAAUAUAGAAAAUACUAAUAAUCUAAAUUUAAAGAAAAAAAUAGAUGAAAAAUAGCUGAUAAUGUACGUUAAUACAACAAAAAAUAAAAAAGUAAGUGAAUAUUGUAAUGCAGAUAUAAAAAAUAUUAAUGAAGAGAAGUAUAUAAAUUUAAAAAAAAAGAGAAAAUAUGAGAUGAAAAUGUAAUUAACAGAUGAAUUAAAAUAAAAAUUAUAUAUUGGAGUGUGCAAUAUGUACAAAUUUUACUUUUUUAUAAAUAUUGUAUAAUAGACAUGAAAAAUAUAUUAUCAAUUAUUAUUACUGAUGAUGAUAAGGAGAUGAUGAUGAAAUAUAUAAGAAAAAAUUAAAUCUUAA